AUGCAGAGCACGAACACAGAAGACGGCGACUAUCAUGUCAAUACCCAAUUUAGAAUAGGAGGUACCAACUCCAUCCCACAAGAACCAAGAAAUAUUGCCAGUACUCAACCAAGUACUGUGGCACCUGCCACAUUAAGGAUGAUGGGAAAGCAAAACAAUUAUGCUAAUAAUCACGAACAUGGAGUUCCUCAAUCAACUCAAUACCCACAGUAUGCACCAAACCGCCAAAGGCCUUUGAUGCCUCCAGUGAACUUAUCACAUCCUAUGCCUAACCCAAACCUCGACACAAAUCAAGCUAUUAAUGCCCCUCCACAAUUAUCUCCAGUUGAAACCAAAAAGGCACCAGAUUUUCCAGAACAACAAUCCCAAUUUAAUUCGAAUGCGACAACCCCAUCACGGCACCCUACCACAGGUAAUGCUAACAAUAAUGCAACUUCGAAUCAAAAUGAACCAAAACAAUUCCAUAGAAAAUCGCUGGGUGACUGGGAUUUCUUAGAAACGGUCGGAGCAGGUUCUAUGGGUAAAGUGAAACUAGCCAGACAUCACCAAACUAAAGAAAUCUGUGCUAUAAAGAUAGUCAAUAGAGCUAUGAAGGCAUUCUUACAUAAGGAGCAAUCGAUGCCUCCUCCUAGGACGGAGCAAGAGGUCUUAGAAAGGCAGAAGAAAUUGGAAAAGGAAAUUUCUAGGGAUAAAAGAACUAUUAGAGAGGCAUCUUUGGGGCAAGUAUUGUAUCAUCCACAUAUUUGUAGAUUGUUUGAAAUGUGUACCAUGUCAAACCAUUUCUAUAUGCUAUUUGAAUAUGUUUCUGGGGGACAAUUAUUGGAUUAUAUCAUUCAACAUGGUUCUUUAAGAGAACAUCAUGCAAGGAAAUUUGCUAGAGGCAUUGCAAGUGCCUUAGAAUAUAUUCACGCCAAUAAUAUUGUCCAUAGAGAUUUGAAAAUUGAGAAUAUUAUGAUAUCUACAUCUGGUGAAAUUAAAAUCAUUGAUUUUGGUCUCUCAAAUGUUUUUGAUAGAAAAAAACAAUUGCAUACAUUUUGUGGAUCUUUAUAUUUUGCCGCACCAGAGCUAUUGAAGGCACAUCCAUACACUGGACCCGAAGUAGACGUCUGGUCAUUCGGGGUUGUAUUGUAUGUUCUAGUCUGUGGGAAAGUCCCAUUCGAUGACGAAAAUUCAAGUGUAUUACAUGAAAAGAUUAAACAAGGUAAAGUUGAUUAUCCAAACCAUUUGUCUAUAGAGGUUAUUUCUUUACUUUCCAAAAUGCUAGUGGUAGAUCCACUAAGAAGAGCAUCAUUAAAACAAGUUGUGGAACAUCCCUGGAUGACGAGAGGUUAUGAUUACCCCCCACCUUCGUAUGUCCCACGACGUAUCCCAAUGACACCGGAAAUAAUUGAUAAUAAUGUUAUAAGAGAAAUGUUUCGUUUAGAGUUUAUCGAUGGUGUAGAAGAAUGCAGAAGAUCGCUGAUAAAGAUUAUAACGGAAGAGUCAUAUCUCGAUUUGUCAAGGAAGUUUUGGCAAUUAAUGGAACGAACUAACGCACAAAAUAUAAGUUCGACUAGUGCUAACGGAUCGACUUAUUAUAAACAACCUUUCGAAGAUCCAACACAGGCGUAUCAUCCAUUACUAUCAAUAUAUUACUUGGUUACGGAAAUGCUGGCUCGUAAAGCUGCAAAACUACAAAGAAAGGAGGCAGCUCAACAGCUACAAUUGCUUAAGCAAAAAACUACGGCAGAGCAAAACACUGAUUCUAAUUUAUCCAAUACUCAAGAUCAACAAAUAUUGAAGAGUCCUAUCCCAUCAAUUCAAAUUAACAGGCAUGAACCUGAUGUUAUAAAUAAUGGUCCAAGUGGUGGAAGAAGACCGUUGAAAAUUAUAGUUCCUCCAAAAUUAACUAUGCCAGAACAAGCUCAUACAUCUCCAACCUCAAGAAAAAGUUCCGAUACUCAUAAUAUAUCGGAUGUUGUGCUUAACACACCUCAGCCUCAAUCAAUUGAAUAUCAACAAAGGAAUGUAUCACCAACCGCACAGGAACAUCAGGAUAAGAACAAAUCUUUCGGAGGCAUCUUUAGAAAAUUGUCUCAACGUCGUCCUCAACAAAAUGAUUCAUAUAACAAACAAAGAGUUCCAGCUGAUAUGGUUCAACACGCUCCGCAAGUACAAACUGAGAACAUGAAUUUACAAAGGGUACCAAAAACUCACGCACGUACUGUUUCUGAAUAUGUACCGUCUAUGACCAAACCACCGAUCAGUUACAAUUCUAAUCAAACCAAUACGGGCAAUAAUGUAAGGAAUUAUCUACAUCCAAAUUACCGUGAUGAGACAAUACGAUCUCCUAUGAGAUCCGUUUCGCAAAAACAAAAGAAUGAAUUACCUGCGCUACCAUCAAAUGCAGAGAAACUGGUUCAGCAACAACUUGAAAAGCAAUUAGAUUCGAACAUGGUAAAACUAAAUGUCAAAGAUGAUAAGACAAAUACACCCGAGAAUACUAAGAGUGAACAACAGCCCAACGAUAAUUCUGAGGAUAACACUGAUAUUGAUGAAAAUAACCCUCUUCCUCCAUUAAACGUUAUUAAGGGACGUAAAUAUCAUCCAAGCGCAAGAGCAAAAUCGGUGGGUCAUGCACGCCGGGAAUCUUUGAAAUACAUGAGACCUCCUGUUCCUCAACAAUCGUACGCACAAGAAGUUGAUGGCAAUGGUUUCCUUGAAUACAGUGAUGAUAAUAAAUCUGACAGCGCUGGGCCUUCUCAUCAGACCUCAGAGAAUAAAGACAGCAAUGCAAAUACAACUCACGUCACAGAUGUUGAAAAUACCCUGCCCACGCCAGAUAAGGAGAGUGUGGAGAAGAUUGCAGAAGGGGAAUUAACAGAUGACCAAAUUUUAGAUCAAGCUUCAAAGGCUCCAGCAGGAUCCAUGCCAUCUAUCGAUUAUCCACGUUCUUUAUUCCUCAAGGGGUUUUUCUCAGUUCAAACAACAUCAUCCAAACCUUUACCUAUUGUGAGAUAUAAAAUCAUUUCCGUUUUGAAAAAAUUAAAUAUCGACUUUAAAGAGGUCAAAGGUGGUUUCAUUUGUGUGCAAAAGAACCCAAUUCAUAUUCUACCCGAACCUUCUGAUGAAAAUCAACCUAGGAGAGAAUUCUUAGCUCCACCUCAGGCAGACGUUUUAUCUAUGUUAUCUACUCCUGAAACGGAUAUAGCUUCAUAUGGAAGGAGAAGCUCAUCAAGACAAAGCUCCUUAAGACGUCAAGGCUCAUACAAAUUUGGCCAGCCAGGGAUACCAAUGACUCCCUCAGCAACGAACCAGCAUGAAAGAAACAUAUCUAUUAUCGCGUCACCAAUUCAGAUUCCGGACAACAAUAUAUCUGAAGAACUAUCAACGGCAUCCUUAGAACAUAUUCAACCUGAUGAUAUCUUAACUACAUCAAGAAUUCAAGAUAUGAAUAAAAUUGAAUCGGAUGGCGCUUCUAGUUCAAAUGGAAAUGGUGCUAUUGGAAUGUCCAGAACACCUCUCAAAUUUGAAAUCCAUAUUGUUAAGGUUAGAAUAGUAGGGUUGGCUGGUGUCCAUUUCAAGAAGGUGUCCGGAAAUACAUGGCUUUACAAAGAGUUGGCCUCGCAUAUUUUAAAGGAUUUAAAUCUUUAA